GGAUUCAAGAAGCCGGUAGUUUCGCGUCCUCUGGACGCAGGAUCUCGUCUGAAUUUAGCCGACGGUUGCUGCUCGCACCAGUCACUUCUCCGUUUUCUUUGGUGUUGAGACUUCACUUGGCCAUUCCAUUAAAAUCGAGAGCACACCCCAAGUGAACAGAGACCCCAAGUUCCAAUUUACCGGGCAAUAUGUGCCGCACCAUCCAACCGCCGGGCAUUUUCUUCAUGCCGUCGACAGCGACGCUGGAAGAGUUCCAGUUCCUCCCACCGCCCGUGCCACUCCCGCUAUGCCCCAGUUAUAUGACUAAGAAGACAGACGUCGAUCUUCCUGCACCAUUACCGCCGUCGCAGGUGCUACGACGUGGUCUAGAGUUCGUGCUGAGUGCUGAAGGCGUUCGCUUCACGGACCUCGCCUUCGUCGGUGAAGUAAAGGCCCGGAUUGCUGAGCUGAUGAGCAUAGCCUCGGCGUCAGAGGCGUCGAACAACAACAACUCCCGUUUGGCAAAGAAGACUCUCAAGUUCAGGAAUAUCGCACAGCAGGAACAGUCUGGAGAGGUUGCUGUCAGUGCUCUGUGAAGCCAGAUCCACAUUUUCCUUCAACACUGACUUCCUGAGACAGACUCUACCCAAACUUACUUAAUCAAUCUCUGCAUUUUAGCUUCACCCCAAACCACUGUUAGAUAAGAAUACUGUGAUUUUGAUAAUUGCUGCAUCUCG